AUGGCGCGGUUAAGUCGAUCGGGACAUUGUAGUACGUGCGUCACUCAUCGCGUUACCGACACACUCGCUUCUGUGCUAGCCAUGAUCUCAUCUCCAGCAAGGCGUGGCAUACACCAGCCCCGCCUAGAACCAGCCCCGGGCACCCUCACAACACGCCUCGCCAAUAGCGAAACACUCCGGCUAAUCUUUAUCACGGGAAAAAUAAACAGGGGUGGGAAUAAUGACGAGGCGCUUCGACGGCGCUGGUAA